GUUUGCCUUAGAAAGUGUAAAAAGUGUUUAAUCUCAGUUACCCAUGCCAUUACGUUUGCCUAGUUUUAUUCACGAAGUACAACUUUCGUAAUUCAAGCAUAUACAGAAAUAACACACAAUGCCACCUGUUUUAAGAAAAAAGUUCGUGAAACGAUCAACGCCUGGUCGAGGCGUUCGAAAUGCAUUCCACAACUUUUUGGCUUGUUGUAGGCAGGAGAAUGGUUGGAUAAGAAACGAUAAGAAACUUCAGCUUUCUGCCAGUGCAAAAUGGAACAAAUUGGAUACAAAACAGCGCGACGAGUUUUCUUACAAUAGAUACAAAGUAAACAUGCCAUACAAGUUAGAUUUGGCCACAUUGGAUGAGAUUUUUGAGGGGCCCUACAACUUGCGAAGCUUGGACAAUGGUGAUGUGAGGGUUAUCGAGGCUCCCAGGAACGUGACUUAUUCAGUUUCGUCGAUGUCCAUCGUCCAGACGGAGAUCAGUGAGGUGAUGCAACCCGAUGCCGAUCUCAAUGAGAUUGAAGAACUAGCUUAUACCGAGGAGCUCCAAAAAGUUGAGGGGCCCCAAAAAAGGUCCAAGCGCUCAAAGAAAAUUCCAAAGAAAUUGAAUGAAGGUAUGCGUAAGCCGGUGAAGCGGUUGCAAGCAAAUGCCGCCAAAAAGCGAGGCUCCAAGCGAAAUGACCCUGCAGUUCAGAACAAGCGCCCAUCGUUAGUGGGCCGCAAAACCAGUUGCUUUUCGACCUACAGGAACUUCCUGCGUAAGUUUCGGCAAGCCAAUCCCGGUCUUAUGGCCGUGGAGGCCGCUACCGUGUGGCGCAAAAUGAGCCUUGAAGAAAAAGACAAAUUUCGCGGUAAAAGCUUGGUGAAGCGAAAAAUUGCCAUAUCUACGCAGUUUCCUGAGGAGCCAAUGCAGCAGGCGAGCGAUAGUCCACUCCCAGUUUCGACGGUCAGUAGAGAGUCAAAAGAUAAUAAUCGCGGCUUCCUUACGCAGGCUCUGAAAAAAGUAAAGACUUUUUUCUACUAACUUUAUAUUUUUCGUUUGUACACACACAUAAUAGUAAAAAUUCGAAAAAAUAAUUUUUUUACAACUUGUCAGAAUAAAAGUGAAACAAA